AUAAGAGAAAUUUAAACUCAGCAAUAAUGGAGACUUUCUAAAACGCGAUAAAAUUGGUGGAUUGCUCGCAGCAGUAAGAGACCAUAUUAACCUUUAAAGGAAAGAGAAGUUUAUCAUAAAUUUAGAUAUCAAUCGAGCAAAAAUGAAUAUUGAAAGAACAUAAAAAAUGAAAAUCUAUCCGGUGUUUUGAUUCGAUCCCGGUGUCCUUAUACCUAGAAAUCUUCAGGACUUGAGGGAAAAUGGGGUAUGCGAUUUUACACUGUUUGAUAUAAAAAAAGUGGACGAAGGGUAUUUUAAUAUAAAAUGCAGAGCAAAGAGGUAGCUUGAUAUUUUUCAUAUUUCGAUUUUUGCACUGUUUUUAAAGGCGGUGGGGUAUAAAAGGGUAUCUUGGGGCUUAGAGAAAAAUCGAGACACCUGCCUCUCCCUGGUUCUACUUCUGACUAUGUAUUUGUCGCAUGCUUCCUCAAGUCAAACUUGUUUAAGCAGUAUACUUUUUUCGGGAACAGGUUUUACAGGUUUGAUCUAUCAUUGUCAGCACAAUUUAAAUAUCGUUUCAUGUUUUUUUUUGUGAUAUUAGUUGUUACGUAAAUAGUCAAAACAAGUUUUAAGGUGCGACGAAAUCAAUUGCCCGCGUUUUAUUAUGAUAACAAAAGAGGAAUUGCACUCUAGCUCUGUAACAAGUAAAAAAAGAAGAUCACCUGACGAUGCAACCGAUCCGGUCCUUAGCCUGUCAUGUGAAUAAGCCAUGGGGCGUUUUAUAUAAAUAAAGCCAAAAGUGUUAUCAGCACAAAAAGCAGAAGAAUAUUGUCUACGUACACUUAUAAAGGGGAAAUUCAAGAUGAUAGCAACCGUAAUACUUGGUUUUGUUUUGCUGAUUAUUUGCACGGCGCAGGGAAAGGUACUGCCUGCUGGUUGUGCUGCUGUAACCUGCUUUGCUGGCCAGAAAUGUGUCACCUUUCCUUAUCCAAGAUGUGUUUCAACAUGUCAGACGAUGAAGUGUCCUAAAGGAGAAACGUGCGUUCAGGGCAAAGUCAAUUGUGCUCAGCGCCAUCCACGCCAUAUUCCACUUUGUGAGCAUCCAAAAGAACGAGGGUGGUGUGUAGAUUAUGCGGUUCGGUACUACUUCAACAGCAAGUCCAGGCAGUGUGAUGCGUUUAUCUACUCGGGAUGUGGAGGAAAUGUCAAUAACUUUAAAACUUUGGAGGACUGUUGGCGUGAAUGCAAACAGUGACGACAUAUACACUCUGAACUGCGAGCUUAUGAUUCACUGAUGCUGUCUAAAUGAACAUUGAGUUCUAAAAGUGUGACCGACCUGAAAAUAGUGAUAUUGUUCUUUAGAAAAAAAAAAAAAAAAAAAAAAAAAAAAAAACUUUCAAUAAGUUUUACUUCUAUCUGAAAGAAAAAAUUGCGAUGAUGUAGUUUCAAGAUUAUUCAGCUUUAUAUUUCAGAUAUAUCUACAUUUCGAAGUCUGUAUUGGGAUUUAUUUGUAUAUUCAUUGUUUUUAGUUACGUGUAUGAACAUUAACGUAAUAAUAUGUGAGAUGUUCCCCGACUUUAACAGUAGUUUGUGCACCAGCAGAUGUUUAAUUUUUAUAAGUAAUAAUACAGAUAUAAUAACAUUCAAUGGGCGUCGUGUUAUUCACAGUAUGACAUUGUACAGUUUAUAGUGAAUUAUGUAAUUUUGUCUCCAGAAUAUCAAAAGUAACGGGUUGAUCGGUCAUUCUUUGCACUCUCCUCUCUCAUUCCGAAUUUUCAUUUCAUUUCAUAUGUAGAAUGCCCUAGCUUAUAUGGCCAAUAAAAACAAAGUGACUACAA